AUGCAUCAUAAUGCUGCUGCUGCUGCUUGGCUCUUGCAAUACUACCUCCUCAGAAGCCCAAGAACUGCAGAACAGUUUCAACAGCACAAACUUUUCUCAAAACCCCCCCAGCCCAUCUUACGCCUUGGCAAACUCCUUCCCCGUACCCUCUCCCCUUCCCGCCCCCAAGAACCUACAACAUCCAACAACCACGCUCUCCUUCGUAUGAUCCACGUACGCAUCCCAUGCCACAAAGAACAUGAGACGAGACGAAAACAAGUCUGCACCGGGGGCUGCUGCUCCACACAAACUCCCAACGCCAACUGA